CAGGUGGGAAGGGAGACUUCCAACGCCAUCAUGCAGCGAAGUAUCAUGUCAUUUUUCCAACCCAAGAAGGAGGACAAAAUGAAGAAGCUUGAGAAGGAGACCUCCAAGAGUAACAGAGAGACCGAUUCUCCCCCAAAGGUGGCGCUGAAGGAGAGGAAUGGAGCAGUACCAGAGAGUGAGUCUCCGGUGAAGAGGCCACCGAGGAAGGUUGCCCGUGUCCUGGGCAGUGAGGGGGAGGAAGAGGAGGACAGCACCCUUACCUCCAUCAAAGACCAGAAACCUGCCCCGGGCUCCCCACAGGCCUCCCCUCCCAGUCCUGCCAAGUCUCAGGAGAGCACCUCUUCCCACUCCAGCCCUGGCCCCAUGGACGUCUCCCCGUCAGGGAUCCCAAAGCGUCGUACAGCUCGGAAGCAGCUCCCAAAACGGAAAAUUCCAGAUGUCUCAGAAGAGCAGAGUGAAGACAAGGAAAGAGACGCCAAGAAGAAGAAGAAGGAGGAGGAAGAAAGCCCAAACGAAAGCCUCACAGGACCCGAUGUGACCAAAAAGAGGGAAGAAGGCGAGGACCAGCCCGCAGCGUCCCCUAAAUGCCGUAAGAGUUCCGAAACCGAGACCCCAGCAGAAAGCAUCUCAGAGCCUGUGGCAGAUGUGAAGAAGGGACCCAAGGAGGGAAACCCGGACAAGCCCCCUGCCAAGCCUUCCAAGACGAUCAGCAGUUUCUUCACCCCCCGAAAGCCGGCCACCAAAAAAGAAGAGAAGACAGAGGGGCCAGGUGCUCCGGAAGAAGAGGAGACGGAUGGGCCCCUGGACCCAGCCUGCUACAAUCCUGCCAAGAACAACUAUCACCCCGUUGAAGAUGCCUGCUGGAAACCCGGCCAGAAGGUCCCCUAUCUGGCCGUGGCCCGGACCUUUGAGAAGAUCGAGGAAGUUUCUGCUCGGCUCCGGAUGGUGGAGACGCUGAGCAACCUGCUGCGCUCUGUGGUGACCCUGUCGCCUUCAGACCUCCUACCUGCCCUCUACCUCAGCCUCAACCUCCUGGGGCCGCCCCAGCAGGGUCUGGAGCUUGGCGUCGGUGACGGUGUCCUCCUCAAGGCAGUGGCCCAGGCCACAGGUCGGCAGCUGGAGUCCGUGCGGGCCGAGGCAGCUGAGAAGGGCGACGUGGGGCUGGUGGCCGAGAGCAGCCGCAGCACUCAGAGGAUCAUGCUGCCCCCACCUCCGCUCACCGCCUCCGGGGUCUUCGCCAAAUUCCGAGACAUUGCCCGGCUGGCAGGCAGCGCUUCCACAGCCAAGAAGAUAGACAUCAUCAAAGGCCUCUUUGUGGCCUGCCGUCACUCAGAAGCCCGAUUCAUCGCCCGGUCCCUGAGCGGCCGGCUGCGCCUUGGACUGGCCGAACAGUCGGUCCUAGCUGCCCUGGCUCAGGCUGUGAGCCUUACACCCCCUGGACAAGAAUUCCCCCCAGCCGUGGUGGAUGCUGGGAAGGGCAAGGCAGCGGAGGCCCGAAAGACAUGGCUGGACGAGCAGAGUAUGAUCCUGAAGCAGACGUUCUGCGAGGUUCCAGACCUGGACCGCAUUGUGCCUGUGCUGCUGGAGCAUGGCUUGGAGCAUCUGCCCGAGCACUGCAAGCUGAGCCCAGGGGUCCCCCUGAAACCAAUGUUGGCCCAUCCCACCCGGGGCGUCAGCGAGGUUCUGAAGCGCUUCGAGGAGGCAGCUUUCACCUGCGAAUACAAAUAUGAUGGGCAGAGGGCACAGAUCCAUGUUCUGGAAGGCGGUGAGGUGAAGAUCUUCAGCCGGAACCAGGAAGACAAUACCGGGAAGUACCCUGACAUCAUCAGCCGAAUCCCCAAGAUAAAACUCCCGUCUGCCACCUCCUUUAUCCUGGACACUGAGGCUGUGGCUUGGGACCGGGAAAAGAAGCAAAUCCAGCCCUUCCAAGUACUCACUACCCGCAAACGCAAGGACGUGGAUGCAUCGGAAAUCCAGGUGCAGGUGUGUUUGUAUGCCUUUGACCUCAUCUACCUCAACGGCGAGUCUCUGGUCCGGGAGCCCCUUUCCCGACGCCGACAGCUGCUCCGGGAGAACUUCGUGGAGACGGAGGGCGAGUUUGUCUUUGCCACCUCCCUGGACACCAAGGACACGGACCAGAUCGCUGAGUUCCUGGAGCAGUCGGUGAGAGACUCAUGCGAGGGACUGAUGGUGAAGACCCUGGAUGUUGAUGCCACCUACGAGAUCGCCAGGAGGUCACACAACUGGCUCAAGCUGAAGAAGGACUACCUCGAGGGAGUGGGUGACACCCUGGACCUCGUGGUGAUCGGAGCCUAUCUGGGCCGGGGGAAGCGGGCCGGCCGCUAUGGGGGCUUCCUCCUGGCCUCCUACGACAAGGAGAGUGAGGAGCUGCAGGCCAUAUGCAAGCUCGGCACGGGCUUCAGUGACGAGGAGCUGGAGAAGCAUCAUCAGAGCCUCCAGGCCCUGGUACUGUCCAGCCCACGCUCCUACGUGCGGGCAGAUGGUGCUGUGGCCCCUGACCACUGGCUGGAGCCCAGCGCUGUGUGGGAGGUGAAGUGUGCAGACCUGUCACUCUCUCCCAUCUACCCCGCUGCCCGUGGCCUGGUGGACCGUGAGAAGGGCGUUUCCCUUCGCUUCCCUCGGUUCAUUCGCGUCCGAGAUGACAAGAAGCCGGAGGAGGCCACCACCAGCACCCAGGUAGCACAGCUGUACUGGGAGCAGAGUCAGAUCCAGAACCAGAAAGGUGCAGGCUCGGAGUCCGACCUGGAGGAUUUCUACUAA